AUGUCAAAAUCGUUUGGUGCUGGUGAAAAAUAUGGAGGUGAAGUUGGUGGUGGUGGGGAUGCCGAUUGUGGAGGUGGUGGUGGCAGUGGCAGCGUCGUGGUGUUGGUGUUGGUUGUGGAGGUGGUGGAUAAGGAUGAUGAGGAGGAGGAUGUGGUGAUGGUAGUGACGGUGGUUGUGGAGGUGGUGAAUAUGGUGGUGGAGUUGGAUGUGCAAGUGGAGGUGGUGUCAUUUUUUAAAAUGAAUAAUGAUAUUUAA